AUGCCUUACUUUGCCCGCAACCCUUCCUUCAACCUCUUCUACCUAGACGAGGGCCCUGCCUCAGCCCCAUACACAGUCCUCCUCAUCACAGGCCUCUCCUGCGAAAUGCACGACUGGAGCUGGCAGGUCCCCUUCCUCCUGUCCCACAACCUCCGCGUCAUCUCCGUCGACAGCCGCGGACAGGGAAAAUCCUCCGCCCCGCAGCCGACGCCGGGCAUCCGCGCCUGGCCCGGGGUCGAAAACUCCGCAGACCCGGACGUCGUGGAGUACUACCCGCAGUCCACAGCCGAGGACAUGCUCGCGCUACUGACCCACCUCGGCGUCACCCAGAACCUAAUCGUCGCUUCCCACUCCCUAGGCGACGCGGCGGGGUACUACAUCGCCACGGCCCGUCCGGAUCUCGUCAAGGCCUCCAUCGGCGUGGACCCCAUCCACGCCUUCUCCAACGCGGUCCGCGAGCGCGACGUCCACCUCUUCGACGCGCCCGGCGCCCAGGAGGCGAUCCUCCCGAUACUCAUUGAGCAUUUCAGCACGUACUGCUACUCGCCCGAAUGUCCAGCCUGGCAAAAGACGUGGCACCUCCGGCGCAUGGCACAGUUUGACAAGGCCGUCAUGUACGCGCUGUGCUGGGGCGGCUGGGGCGACGCGGAACACAGCCUCGGCCGCCAGGAGAACGCAGUCAAGGCCUUUGCGGGAAAGCUCAGGUGUCCGCGGCUGACGCUGGGAUCGGACGAUUGGUACGUGGCUACUGAUCGUGAGCAUCUGCCGAAGGGCGACGAGGCGCUGGACGAGGUUGUCUUGAUCGAGGGCAAGGGCCAUUGGUUUCAUCAACUCGAGAGCGAGGAGUUUAAUGGGCAUCUCGAGAGGUGGUUUCAAAAGAUCGGCAUGCUGCCUUUGAAAGUAGCAAGCGCGUCGGCAUGA